AUGGAUUCGAAAAAUGGAAUAUUUCUCAUCCUAGGCCUCUUGGCUAUGGUUCUUCUUGUCUCCUCAGAGGUAUCAGCAAGGGACUUAACUAAGACUUCCUCUAAUACCAAAAAGGGGGUAAAUGAUGUCAAAUAUGAUAAUGGAGGAUACGGUGAUAGCAGUAGUGGUGGUUACAACAAUGGUUAUCCUGAUAAUGGUGGCGGUGGCUACCCAGGUAAUGGUGGUGGUUACAAUGGUGAUCAGGGCAAUGAUUAUUCGGAUAAUGGUGAUGAUUUCUCUGAUAAUGGUUGGGGUUAUAAUGGUGGUUACCCUAGAAAUGGUGGGAGCUACAGAGGUGGACAUUAUCCUGGUUAUAUUGGUGGUCACCACGGUCAUGGUGGUGUUUAUUUUGGUGGAUAUGGCGGUGGUUACAUGGGUCAUGGUGGUGUUUAUAUGGGUGGUUAUGGUGGUGGUUUCUUGGGUAAUGAUGCUCACCAUGGUGAAGUUCUUGAAGGCAAAACUCGUAACUAA